UGAUGUCGCCUCAUCAUCUCGUUCUAAAAAACCAUUAACUGUGUCAAAUGAUGUUGCCACUUCAUCACGAUUUAAUAAUGGUUUAUGUGCUAUGUCUAGGAAAGGUAACUUAGAUUCUCCUCAAACUAACAAUGUAUUAACUGGAAAUGCUCUAGAAUUUCCAAUUAUAAUCGAUUGUGAUGAUGAUGAUCGAGAUUUCCAAAGUGGUGAUAGAGAAUCUCCAAUCGUGCUGGAUAGUGAUGAUGAAAAAGAUCUUCACUUGAAGAGAAAAUCCUUACCAAAUGACCAUGCUGGUCCUUCUAAUAAAAAACUAAAAAGUGUGAAAGUUGAAGAUGAUACUUUUGGAGAGUUUAUUCCUAUUGAACCAAUCACAUUGUCUGAUCUUAAUACACCACAACGUGAUUUUCUUCGUAGUUAUGAUAAGUCUACCACCAUUCAUGGAAAGUCUACCACCAUUUAUGAAAAAGGUGUUACCAAUUUAAGGACCGAUUUGCCUCCCAUUCCUCCGAUAGAUGACCCGUGCUUGGCGAAGAUGGCCGUCGGUUAUCAUUCUCAUAACGAUCAAUGGGAAACUCUCGAAUUCCUUGGCGACAGAGUCUUAACUUCCUGCCUUUUGAAAUUGGCAAAAAGUCGAUACGGUUCAAAAUACUGUUCAAAGGAAAUUAGUAAAAGUGUUUCAGUAAUGGCCACUAAUAAAAUUUUGGCCGCAUAUACUGUAACACUUGGACUUCAGGAACUUAAUGGUAUGGAAUUUCCGGUAAUCAUAAAGCUUCACGCUGAUGCUUUUGAAGCAUACUUUGGUGCAUAUUAUCUAGCAUGCGGGGAAUUGGCAACUUGUGUUUAUCUUGAGAACCUAAUGACCCCGCUGUUCGAUCUUAUUGUUGCUCAUAUCGCAUCUGGUAACAGCAUUACAAGUACAUGCGAUAUAGCCUCAAAGUACUUCUCAAUGCCAUGGAUUCAUGGUAUUCCACGUCUUCAACGGUAA